UGUGUCUACCCCUGACAGAUAGAGAGGCUGGAGAUCAAAGUCGUCACUCCCCUCAAAGCCUACGGUGAUAUUGUUGAAAACAAGAGAGCGGAUCUGAAGAGGUUCAAUGCUGAUCGGGACAGAGCGCUAAAAGAGCUGCAGAAACUGGAGACUCCAACAGAAGAAUCCCUCUGAUAGACAAAUAAUUGUAUCCUUUCUCCCAGUCUAUUAAUAUCUGCAUGUAACUUUACAAGAGUGGCAGAAUUCCAGCAUGAUUAUAGUAUUUACAUCAACAAUCCUUAUGUCAAGACACAGUAUUGAAAAAUAAGAUGUAUUGCCUGUGACAAACGAUUGUUUGUCAGCCAUUUUUACUCUAUGAGUGGUGCUUUGAGUGACAGGUUCAGAUCAGCUAACCUGGUCUCUGAGAGGUUUUAGAAAUGUAGAUGUUCUGUUCUAGUCAUGCUUCAAUACCUUAUCCAAUGUUUUCAGUCACAGGUAACAUGAUUUCUCUGGAACCCCCUGUCACAUCAACAACACCUUCAGCAGAUAUCUGACCAUUGAUGAGAUCUUGCAAUGUGGUGGACCACCAGAGGUUUUGGUAGCUGUCAUUACAUUUUUAAUACAUCUCUUUCAAGCUUCUAGUACAGUUGUAGUAUUCCUUUGCUGUUUGGUUUUCAGGCAGAGGAGAAUGCUCAGAAGGCGACCAACAACGCUCAUCGCAGCACUAGACAACUGGAGGAGACCAUCAGUGACUUCCAGAGACAGAAACUGGAGGACAUCAAGUCAUACUAGGUCUUCCAGAGGAUCUUCACAGACUUCAUCACAGUGGAGAUGGUGUUCCAUGCCAAGGCUCUUGAGGUCUACACACACACCUUCCAGAACCUGGACAGCAUGGACAUAGACAAAGACCUGGAGGUUAGACACACACACACCUUCCAGAACCUGGACAGCAUGGACAUAGACAAAGACCUGGAGGUUAGACACACACACACCUUCCAGAACCUGGACAGCAUGGACAUAGACAAAGACCUGGAGGUUAGACACACACACACCUUCCAGAACCUGGACAGCAUGGACAUAGACAAAGACCCGGAGGUUAGACACACACACACCUUCCAGAACCUGGACAGCAUGGACAUAGACAAAGACCCGGAGGUUAGACACAUACACACCUUCCAGAACCUGGACAGCAUGGACAUAGACAAAGACCUGGAGGUUAGACACACACACACCUUCCAGAACCUGGACAGCAUGGACAUAGACAAAGACCCGGAGGUUAGACACACACACACCUUCCAGAACCUGGACAGCAUGGACAUAGACAAAGACCCGGAGGUUAGACACACACACACCUUCCAGAACCUGGACAGCAUGGACAUAGACAAAGACCCGGAGGUUAGACACACACACACCUUCCAGAACCUGGACAGCAUGGACAUAGACAAAGACCUGGAGGUUAGACACCCACACACCUUCCAGAACCUGGACAGCAUGGACAUAGACAAACACCUGGAGGUUAGACACACACACACCUUCCAGAACCUGGACAGCAUGGACAUAGACAAAGACCUGGAGGUUAGACACACACACACCUUCCAGAACCUGGACAGCAUGGACAUAGACAAAGACCUGGAGCUGUUCACUGGGAGGAUCAGGGUGUCUGACGGCCCUCUGGACAACCAGACCCUGCUGCCCUCCUCUAUGGCCCACCAGCCUAGUCCCACCCUGGUCUCCAGCCUCAAACACACUGCUGAAUCAGCCAAGAAGUCCCGUAGCAGCAUCCUACAGCGCCAGAGGGGUGUAGAGGAGGAGGAGGAGGAUGAAGAGGAGGAGGAUGCGUCUCUUCACACACAUGUACACACACACAUUCAGAUAGCCGUAUAGAUCUGCUGACAGAUGAGAAUAUGUAGUCAGUGUCUGUUGUCAGGUAAAGUCAAUACUCAGGGUAUGUACCGUACUGCAAUAGAUCUGUUGAUGACUGUGCAGACGUGUUCCUAUACAGGGUUUGCAGUAGAUUGUUCUGCAAAUAAUUAUUUAUCAAUGGAGGCAUUUUGCACUUAAGACAGACUGCAAUCAUUUGUAAUCAGUCAUAUCUGAGGUAAAGCUGAGGAGUGAUAAUGUGUUCACAUUUUAUAAUGAAAAACAAAUCAAUGUUCAGUAAUGGUUGUUAUUUCCGUUGUGUUGGAAUGGGAAGAUGAAAAAUACAGUAUAUUCCUAGAUAUAAAUGUAAACAUAUCAAAUAAAUUAACCCAUUUGCAUUA